AUGCCAUCGCGUACAAAGAAUCCAUCAGUUGGAGUUGAUGGAAAUCCUUUACGGGUUCCUACCGCACCCUCGAAUCCAGCAAAUGAAGAAGAAAAUGAAGAAAAUAGGGUUUCCCAAGAAGAGGAAACCGAAGGUGAGAAGAAAGGAUUUCAGACGAUGAAGGAUCCGAAGGUGAAGAAGAACGAGUUUCAGAGGAGGAARAAGGUUYCGGAGAGGRCARAGAGGAAAAUGUAUCAAYGUAAUACUAAGGUUAGUAAUACUAAGGAYAUAGAGAGWAUUUURGUCCCAACUUCUGGUGARCGAGCUCUUUGUGCUGAAAUCUUUGAUGAGGCGGAGAACGAUCGAGAUGUUGAUGACUACAUUGUUCAAAGUUGGAAGAAUAGGUAUUUCAUUGACAAAAAACAUGUUUUUCUUCCAUUCAUGUACGACCUUGAUGUCCAUGCUCAAAUGAAAGAGGCUGUUGAGGAAGAGGGGGCUGAGGAAGAUGGUGCUGAGGAAGAGGCGGAUAAUGUGGAGGAAGAACUGCAGGUGGUGUCUAAUGAUGAAGUGGAAAAGUUAAAGAAAGACAUGUUAGAUCUACAAGAAGGAAUGUUGAAGAUCAAUAAAAGUAUGGAAGAUGGYUUUMAAAAAUUGAURAACUUGAUUGGUGGGCAGGAUACAAGGCUAAAGGAAGUGGAAUCAUUUGUCAAGUCUCAAACUUGGAAUGAUAGCCGUAUGCUGGUUAUACUGGCAAAACUGGUAAUACUACGUAUGCUGGUUAUACUGGUAAAACUGGUUCUUAAACAACCAUUUCACCAUAAAAGUACUUAA